AUGGUGCCCAUCUACAGUCUCAGCAGCUUGGCGAGCAUCACGAGCUUGGAAGGAGCCUUCUUUAUCGAUUUGGUCAGGGACAUAUACGAAGCGUUUGUCAUCUACUGCUUCUUUGCGCUUCUGGUAGAGUAUCUUGGGGGAGAGCGGUCACUGCUUAUCCUGGCUCAUGGCAGGGCACCCACCAAGCAUCCUUUCCCAUUCAAUCUCCUCUUUCAACCCAUGGACGUCAGCGACCCUUAUACGUUCCUAGCGCUCAAGCGAGGCAUCCUCCAGUACGUCCAAGUCAAGCCCGUACUCGCGGUCGCCACAGUAUUUCUCAAAAUCACUGGUCACUAUGAAGAAGGCAAAUUGAGUUGGACAAACGGCUACACCUAUGUCAGCUUCGUCUACAACUUCAGUGUCUUUCUGUCGCUGUGUGCGCUGGCCAUGUUCUGGGCUUGCUUGUCUGAAGAUCUGGCGCCUUUCAGAGUCACUUCCAAGUUUUUGUGCAUCAAGGUAUGUAGGCCACCACGUCUAUAUGUCGGAUAGCUUCUGCUCACAUUACGUGAGCCGAUUCGUCCAGGGCAUCAUCUUCUUCAGCUUUUGGCAAGGCCUUGCAGUCUCCAUCCUGGUGGCUGCCGGUGCAAUCACGAACAUUGGGCCGAUCAGCGAUCAAGCAAAGCUUGCGCUGGCUAUCCAGGACAUGCUGGUCAGCUUUGAGAUGCCGCUCUUUGCAUUGGGCCACGCUUAUGCCUUCUCGCCCAGAGACUAUGUGGAUCCCUUUGCGCACUAUGCGGCUAGGCUGCCCGCACUGUAUGCGCUUCGCGAUGCGACCGGAGGCUAUGACGUGCUUUCAGACAGCGUAGGCACGCUGAGCGGAAAGGGCUAUGGGUACCAGACUUUUGAGCCGAGCGAGGGCGUAGUUCAUCAAGGGCUGGGGAGGAUUAGGCGUAGCAAGGCCGGAUUGCGUUAUACCCAAGGCGGCAAAGGUGAGCGCAAACGCUAGCUUUUUUGAUUGGCUCCUCCUGAAACAGACUUUUUUCCUCUCAGGAAAGUACUGGCUGCCGCAAUGGGCUGCGGUCGAUGGCUCUCUAGAUGGUCCCCUCGGCACGCGCCACAGAGGCCCCGCCACCGCAUUCAAGCAAUGGCUUGAUCAUCGGGUCAUGGCGCGAGAGGGCUACGCGCCGCUUUUAGAAACAGAAGCAGAAGAUAUUGUGCAUCCAGAUCCCGACGCUUCAAAGCCUGGUGAUGGUCCUGGAGAGGGGGGAGAUGAGGCAGGCCCGUCCCGUAUAAAUCCCAGAGCUGCUGCCUCUGCUGCGGUCGCUCGGGCGGAACAGACAUGGCAUCGCUUGCACCCCGAUGCAGAGGCGGACAACUCGACGCUGGAGUUUGACGAGCCGCAAAUGGACGCUGAUCUGGAGAAGCUCUUUACGGAAAGCAGGAAUCUGCGACACGGGGACUAUGCCUAUCCGACUGUGGAUGUCGGAAUGGAAGAGCAGCGACGGCGAUCGCGGGAGAGGGACGAUCAAGCCAUCAAGCGUCACAAACAGCGCAAAGACCAAAAGUCCAAGGUCGGCAAGGUGAUGGACGAUGAAUCGCAACAGGCCAAGCGCGCGUCUCAGGCCAGCCAGGACACUGCCGCAGACUACGGUGCGACUGGCGAGAGCUCAGAACAGACUCACACGGAGUCUGACGCGCCUAAGAAGGAGAGCAAAGGCUGGUUUUGGAGUAGGAAGCCGAAGAAAGCCAAGCCCUCUGACGAAGAAGAGGGACCACCACAAGGCAUCGUAGACAUCUUCGUCCAGGAUCGAGAAGCUGAAGAGCGGUGAGUUGGGGAAGAGUCAUCCACCACUCGUGACUGUAUGUUUUCCGGAAGCUUUUCUCUGACCGGGCCACUCAUGAUUCCCCUCCUUCGUGCGCAGGCAAAGAUUGAGAGAGAGGCGUAGAGGUGACCCCGCACUUAGAGCCGGUCAUCACACACGCAUCUUUCGGCGGCAAUGGGAGGGGCAUGCGGAAGUCCAUUCAAGCGACUCCGAAGUUAGCUCUCCACCUCCAAGCGCUGUGGACGAUUCUGCCUCGCAAGACACAGUGCAGCCUAGCGAGCCGGUAGGUUCCAAGCGCAAAGAGCGGGGGCCAAAGCAGCAACCUUUCGAUCAUGUCAGGGUUGCUGAAGAGACGGCUGCUGAGGCGGAGAUGCAGGCUCAUCCUGAAGCCGAGAGUGUUGGCAAGGAUGGCGAUGCGUCAGACCCUAAGGGCUCGAUCAUCGCGGCUGAUACCGGCAAAAAUGACGUCGUAUCACGCGAGACUGCUCUACCUCGCUUGUCCAAGGGUCAUUGA